AUGUCUAGUACUCGUGGUGAAGCGGAUGAGCCACAGGAUAACAAGAAGUCCUCUGGAUCAGAUGGAAGUACCGAUGAUGAAAAGACCUCAAAGUCUGGAGAAGAUAGGGAUCGAGGUGAGAAAUCCGAAGCAGCUCAAAAUCUCCAGAAAGCCUCUGAAAGUGCUCAGGACAACGAGGCCACAACCUCUGCUGGUGUUGAGCAAAAUACUGCCACUAAAGUGACGGAGAACCAGACAGAAGAAGCUGCGGGGAUAGAGGAAAAUGGAAAUCCGAGAAGCAAUGGCUAUCAGAAUGGUUAUCCAAAGACAGCAGAUGAUGAGAUCCGUGAUUUGAAGCGCAGAAUCUUAAAUUUAGAGACAAAAUUCAUUGCAACCUCAAGAGCGAUUGUUCGGUCAAACCCUGAUCAUGAUGAAGGGUCGGAUAGUGCAGAUGAGGAAAGCAAAAUGAGUGAAAAUGGGGUUGAAGUGAAAAACUAUACAAACCCACCUCCGUUCGAGAGAGAGCGUGAAAGUUAUCGGAGAACUGUCUAUAUUGUUCCAAAACUCAAUCUAGUUGAAUGGGAGAACUUCAAAUCGAGUUCCUCACAACUUAACGAAAUCUACGCUAUUGACGUUUUGGUUGGCGAACCUGAUAUUACUUUCGAAGGCGAUGAUUAUUAUAAAAUCUGGGACAGAAGAUAUGCAAAUAGAGGUGUUUCUCCGCGAAAAAUUGGUUACAUCGACCAAAGAACGACUUCCCAGCCAAGUGCAAAACCCCCAGUGGCAGGCCAGGCAGCCCUACCCGAGCGCAUUCGGAUCAACUCGAAAAAUGUCAUCAGGAUCUUAAGCAAGAUACAUGGAAGAGAUUUCUCAGAUGGAAGAACUAAUCCAGUCUUGCUAUUCAGACCCUUCAAGGCCUUGAUAUUCUACGAGGAAGAAAUCCGGACUCGAUACACAGCACUAAACGCAAAAUUCGGCAAGAAAACGGCAAUUUUUGGCGAUCCAGAAUCCAAAGAUCUCUCUACUGCUGUAGAGUCUGAUGGUCAGCCACCAUCUACGAUUAUUAAAGGAUGCUCAAACGAAUCUGCAAAAAAGACGGAGGCUGAAUCAACAUCAAAUCAUUCCCCCGAAGCAGACAGCCUAGAUCUUAAUUCUGAAGCUGCAUUUAACGAACUGAGUUGCUUGAUUGGGUUCAUUGAUCAUUAUAUCAAAGAUAAACAAAGGUAUCUAGCACGUAGCUCUUGUCAAAAGGUUGCUUUUAGUGAUAUUUGGCAUCUAUUCAAGCCAGGAAAUGAAGUUAUGGAGGGGAAACUUCCACAAGCUUACCAAGUUAUCAGCGUUCAUACCAAGAAGCAUAAACUCAAGAGAUCACAAUGGCAUAGCGACUUCAAACGAACUAUCAAUUAUGGCCCUGUCACAAUCGAUUGUGUUUGCAUAGAUUGCGACGGCAAACGCGUCGGUCCAGUUUCGAAGCGUUUCACGAUCCAACAGUAUGAAGGAGAGCAUGAUGUCACCUCACUGCCAGUGUAUCCACUCCGUUUCGCGAGGGAGAUGAAUCGUGAAGGGCUGGUCGCUAGAGGCCAGCUCUUUCUUGAGACAGUUGUUAUGAAACAUAUGCACUGUUCUGGACUUACUCUUGACACACGAGACGAAGUUGAUAGCCAAGUAAUGAUUGAUUCCGAAGAAGCCCUGCUCCAGCACGAAUACUGGACACCCUUCAUUGAAAACAUGGCAGACUCUUGUCCGAAAUCAGAAACCAAAGAAGAUGAUGGUAUAUGUUACCCAGCUUGUUGUGGUAAUGAGAAAUGCCACGAUGAUUCCUAUGCUGAGCGUAACCGCAAAGGAGAAUCCAUUGAAAGCCAGCAUUUCGCUGCCAGUUGGGGGCAUUCAUCUUUGACAAUUGUCCCACGAAGCCUACAAGAAGUUCAAGGCAGCAAUUUGCCGAGUCAAGACGAGUUAUUAAUCAUGUCAUACCGUGUGUUUGGCUUUAUUUUGCGUAGUCGAAAAUGGGCAAAGUUGAAUCUUAGAGAUAUUACCGAGGCGAGGCGAGUUGAUGAUGAGAAUGGCUUUGACCAAUUGGUAUUACCCAAGGGCCAUAAGGAUAUGGUGAAGUGUCUAAUCAGACAGCAUUUCAGAGAGAAGGAGUCGAAGUUGGAAGAUAAAGAUGAAAUGGAUAUAGUGCGUGGGAAAGGUAAAGGAUUGAUCAUGCUCUUGCACGGAGCACCUGGGGUGGGCAAAACUUCCACAGCAGAAUGCGUAGCAGAUUCUUUUCGGAAACCUCUAUUCCAAAUCACUUGCGGAGAUCUUGGAUCAGUAGCCGCUGAAGUCGAAGCAGCACUUGAAACUAAUUUCUCACUUGCAAACAGAUGGGGCUGUAUUCUGCUGAUUGACGAAGCUGAUAUCUUCUUAGCAGAGAGGACCAGGCAUGACUUUCUGCGCAAUGCUCUUGUAGCAGUUUUUCUGCGUGUUUUGGAUUACUACGCAGGCAUACUUUUUCUUACCACAAAUCGGGUUGGCGCUUUCGAUGAGGCCUUCACGUCCAGAAUUCACGUCAGUCUGUAUUAUCCACAACUUAAUUGGAAUUCCACCCUAGAAAUAUUUAAAAUGAAUAUGCAACGGGUGAAAGAUAGAUUUGUGAAGAGAAACAGAAAUUUAAAGAUCGAUGAAGCGGAUAUUGGUGCUUUUGCAAGGAGUUAUUUUGAUGAAUAUAGGGAAGGGAGAUGGAACGGACGUCAAAUCCGGAAUGCUUUCCAAACGGCACUCGCUCUUGCCGAAUACGAUGCUCAAGGAGAUGAUGAUUCCACAAGUCUCACUGACAACAUCAACAAACAAGUGAUUUUAAAAGGGAGGCAUUUCGAAACAGUUUCCGAAGCGUACCUUGGGUUUGUUAAUUACAUGAAAGAAGUAAAUCAUGGGGUGAGUAUGAGUAAGAGAGCUCUUGAUGGGAGGUAUCGAGACGAUGAAUUUGGAGAGCUCAAGAGUCCAAGUUGGAGUGGUCUUGAGUUACGAAGAGGAGGUGUUCCGCCGAUACCAUCGGUAACAUCAGAUCCUCGCCAUCCAUCCGAUCAAAAUUUUCGGGACGAUCGCCGUCAACAGUUUGCUAGAACAAUGCCGUCAGGCGCACCGGUUAGCAACCAUGAACAGUCAUAUCAGGGUAACCAUUACCAAGAUCCAGGUUUGAACCCGAAUUAUCCGAACAGUGGGGAUAGGCGACAACCUCAGCCAAUGGAGCUAAACCAUGGCAACGACUUCCUGCAAAACGCUUAUAGUUCCCGAGAAACCCCCAACAACAGGGGAGACUUAGGCCGGAACUAUAACACCUCGAGUGAGCGCGAGAUGAGGACAGCUCAACAUCCCAGUCAACCUCAUCAAGGCUCGCAAGCCUGGCCUACGUCGGACAGAAUGGAGAGAAAUGAUAGUUUCAACUAUGCAAGCUAUCCUUCGGGCCCAAACGCGUUUGGGACGGAGAGAAGAGGGUUCCUUCCCGAGGAUAGAUAUGACAACCAGUAG